AGAAAUUGUAGCAGCAACCAUGAAAUUCGCAAUCUGCGCUAUCGUCCUGUGCGGUUUGGUGACCCCAAACUUCGCCAAAGUCUUCUCGCCAACUGAGUUUGGUAACGUUAUGUUAGCCAACGGCAUCCCGAAGGGACAAAUCGAGACCUGGAAGUGCAUCGCCAAGUGGGAAUCCAGCUACAACACCGCCGCCCACAACACUGCGAGCGGAGAUCACGGAAUCUUCCAAAUCAACGAAAGGUGGUGGUGCUCUCCACCAGGCAAGGGAUGUGGCAUGACCUGCAAUUCUUUGAGGGAUGCUGACAUUACCAACGACAUCAAGUGCGCCAAAAUCAUCUACGAAGAGCACCAGAGGUUGACCGGCAACGGCUUCAAUGCUUGGGUCGCCUACAAGAACCACUGCAGAUGAAUCAAUCAAUAACUACUGUAUAUAAACUUUCUCCACAAUAAAUACAAUUACCUUGCAUUAAUACUUA